GUGAGAGAGAGAGAGGCUGAGAGCCGAGUGCGCGACAGAGCGAGCGAGCGGGAUCGCGCGAGUGGCCGCACUCGAAGGGGACUCGAGGUGAGAGAGAGGAGGAGGAGGGGGGGGGGGCUACACGGGGAGGGUGCGAGCUGAGCCCCCCACUGCCGGAGCGAGGAGCAGGAGACCAAAACCACUCCCUCCACACCCUCCACACCCACCCCCCGGUGCCCGGGGGCCCAGGCGCGAUCCACGUGGCCAAGGCGACCGCGGAAGCCACCGAGCUUCGGGUGUCGACCACGGGAGCCGCGAGCACCAGCCACAGCAAAACCGCCUCCCGGGCCCGAGGCCACCAGCAGGCGCCAGUGCCGCCUCACCCCUCGGGAGAGGCGGCGUCUGUUAGCCGCGGCGGUGAUGCGAGCACCACCGCCACCACCACCGCCACCACCACCACCGCCGCCGCCGCCGGCGUCACCGCCGUCCCAGGGCAGCGACGAGCUGGUGUCCAUCAACGUGGGCGGCGCGCGCCACUCGCUGCCGUGCGCGGUGCUCGCCUCCUACCCACGCUCGCGGCUCGGCCGCCUCGCGCAGCUGUGGCGGUGGCGGCGGCGCCGUGGGGGAGGAGGAGGAGGAGGCGGGGGGCGGCGAGACGCGGGGCCCGGCGGCGGCGGCGGCGGCGGCGGCGGCCACCCGCACCCCCUGCAGCUUUGCGACGACGUGGGAGCGGCGAGCGAGUUCUUCUUCGACCGCAGCGCGGAGGCGUUCGAGUGCGUGCUGCACUUCUACCGCACGGGCCGCCUGCACCUGCGCGAGUCUCUGUGCGCCGUCUCGUUCGGCCAGGAGCUGGAGUACUGGGGGCUGGAGGACGCGCUGCUGGCCUCCUGCUGCCAGGAUCGCUACGCGCGCCGGAACGCCGCCGCCGCCGCCGCCGCCGAUGACCGCGGCGGCUCCUCCGCCGAGGACGGCGAGCGAAGGGACGCGGACCGGGACUCGGACUCGGACGGCGAGGGCGGCGGCGGCGGCGGCGGCGGCCUCGAGCGCGGCCGGUGCCGCCGUCUGCGCCGCACGAUCCGGGCCACGCUGGAGCGGCCCGGAUCGUCGCGUGCGUCGCGGGCCGUGGCGGCCGUGUCGGUCACCUUCGUGGUGCUGUCCAUCGCCAACAUGGCCCUGGUGAGCGCGCCCGAGUACGCGCCGGCGGCCGGCGACGACGAGGCGACGGCGCUGGGGGUCCUGGAGGGGGUGUGCAUGGCGUGGUUCACGGGCGAGCUGGCGCUGCGAUUCGCGUGCGCGCGGCGCAAGCGGCGCUUCGCCGCGCGCUUCGUCAACAUCGUGGACCUGGUGGCCAUCGCGCCCUUCUACGUCACCCUGGCGGUGGAGCAGCUGGCGGGGGCCUCCACGGAGCUCGAGAACGUGGGCCGCGUCGUGCAGGUGCUCAAGCUGUCGAGGUCGCUGCGUAUGCUCAAGCUGGGCCGUCACUCCACAGGCCUCAAGGCGCUGGGCUUCACCAUCAAGCAGUGCCACGAGGAGGUGGGGCUGCUGCUGCUCUUCUUCUCCGUGGGCGUCUCCAUCUUCUCGGUGCUCGAGUACGCGCUCGAGAGCUCCUCCCCGGGCACGGGUUUCACGAGCGUGCCGAGCGCCUGGUGGUGGGCCACCACGUCCAUGACCACGGUGGGCUACGGGGACGUGCGCCCCGACACGACGGCCGGCAAGCUGGCGGCGUUCGCGUGCAUCCUGUCGGGGCUGCUGGUGCUCGCGCUGCCCAUCGCCAUCAUCAACGACAAGUUCGCCUCCUACUACCGCGCGCUGCGUCUGCGCGACGCGGCCGAGCGGCACGGCCGCGCGCUGCGCGGCCUCGCGCGGGCCCAGGAGGACGCGCGGGCGGACCGCGGCGGGGACGCGGAGGGGGACGCGGGGCCGCGGGCGAACCUGCGCGACGUUUACGCGCGCCGCGUGCUCGGGGCCCUGCGCGGGCCAGGUGAUCGCGACUCCGUGGAGAGGCUUUGA